AUGAAGUGGCGAUAUCCUGUCCCGGACAUGGAGAACGCCGCGGGGCUGCAGAGUGGCACUGGGGAGCCUAAGCCGGAGCCUAAGACAGAGUCCAAGCCGGAGUCCAAGCCGGAGCCUAAGCCGGAGCCUAAGCCGGAGCCUAAGCCGGAGCCCAAGACAGGACCUAAACCAGAACCUAAACCAGAACCCAAACCAGAAAUCAAGACAGAACAUAAGGCAGAAAACAAACCAGAACCCAAGCCAGAACCCAAACCAGAAAUCAAGCCACAGCCCAAACCAGAGCUCAAGCCAGAACCCAAACCAGAGCUCAAGCCACAGCCCAAACCAGAAAUCAAGCCACAGCCCAAACCAGAGCUCAAGCCCAAAGCCAAGCCCAUUGAGCCCUCCGCUCCCUCCAAGCCCAUUGAGCCCUCCGCUCCCCCCAAGCCCAUUGAGCCUGCUAAACCCGCAGAACCCUCCGCUCCCCCCAAGCCCAUUGAGCCCUCGGAACCCUCCAAACCCGCCGAGCCCGUUGAACCCUCGGAGCCCGCCAAGCCGGUGAGGAAAUUCACGGGUUGGAGCACGAAGCCCGUGCAGGCGAUCUCCCUGAAGGAGAUCCAGAACGAGCAGAAGGAGCAGAAGGGACAGAAGGAGAACGCGAAGGUGAAGCUCCCCGUCGCGAAGCCCACCGGCAAAAAGGUGGUUCUAAACCCGUCCACUCUUCUCCCUCUCGAUGUCACGCCCCCCAAGCGCACAUGGAACCCCGUCCCCGUCAAGAACGUGCAGCCCAUCGUCCUCUCCAGACCGGAGCCCAAACCUGCCCAGCCGCCACAUCCCGCGCAGCCCGCCAAAAAUCAAAAGCCCGCCAAAAACCAGCCUGGUAAAGCAGGCGCGUCCCAGACACUGGAGAGUGAGGGAGGGUGGAGAACGUCAGACGUAGAUCGCAGCCAAGAAAUCGAAUUGCUGCUGCAACAGGCCGGAUCCACAUUGAAUGAAGUGAGAAAGCCGGUGAUAAAGGAGGCGAGCGUGCUGAAUUUUGAUAAGUUCCCCACGCUGGAUAGUGCGAUUAAGACGAAGAAGGGAAAGAAAUGA